CUUGCCAUAUACCCUAAUUCACAUUUUAAACGAUAUGGGUGUGGGGGAGGGGUCCGGCCUUGGCAAUCGAACAAUUUUUCGGGGUAUCUAGCAGGGGAUAUUUUCGGGCUAUUUUGGGGAUUUGUUUUACCUAAAAAGGUGUUUAAACCAGCAAGACAUGGAUCCAGAUAUGCAUAAGGUGGUGCAUCAGCUUGAGGAAGUGGAAGCAGCAGCUGAAGAUGUGCUCACAGAUAAGCAGCAGGUUGUGGACCUCUCACGGAAGCAGAGCGGCCUGCGAGAGGCGACACGUGCCCUCAGCUCAGACCUCAAGGCGCGCGGCGAGUAUCGCACGUGGAUCGCCGCGGGCAACACCUUCAUCAAGCUGCCCGCCUCCAAAGUGAAGAGUCUCAUGGAGGAUGACCAGCUGGAGCUGGACAAGGAGAUCACAGCGCUGCGAGACGGCCUGCGAAGCAAGGUCAACCGCCUGAACGACCUUGAGGGCCGACCGGAGGUCACUGGGUUCGGCCUGAAGGCGCUGAGUCGUGAGGAGGCGUCGGCUAUCCGCCAGGUGCUCGGAGACAAACGCUAGAGGGCGUCAGCCGGCGUCGGUUGCUAGGCAACGGGGGCGGCGGUAUAGAGUUUGGCAGCGCGCGGGUGGAGGUUUGAUUUGUUAAGCAGCAGCGGGCUGUGAUUGGCUGGGCAUAUCGCCAUGGUGGCUUAUUCACCAUUGGGAAUGCUGCCCGCUUACGGUUGCCAUCGUCUGGAUAACGAAACUCAAAGCGCGAGUCGUUAGUCAUCAGCAUUAUCGUUCUCAUAGGCCAAAGGAGUCAUCGUAUAAGCGUCAUGAUCAUCAUCAAGGUGCUAUGGCUGUGCUGUGGUUCGUUUCUUAGGCCUUACCGUGCGACAAAUGGCUGCAGGUGAAAUGGGGGCAGGUCCUGGUGUUUACAUGUACUUGUCAAGACUAUCGUGACAAAGCGCGAUUGUCAAGGCGGUCGUUUACAUGCUCUAUUGUCCAAUACAAAUGUGAUGCAAG